AUGACGUGGCAGGUCACCUGCUCCUACUCGCAGACAGCAGUGGGCCCGUUCCGGUCGUGCUGUGUCUGUUUGUCCACGUUCUACAGCAGGACAAUUGUGGAGUGCCCCGACUGCACCUGCGGUGCCUGCCCAGCUAGGACCUCCACGGCGCCGCAGUGCCAGGAUGCCGAGAUCCGGUGCACCGGGCACAUGUGCCCGAUAAGGGUGCACUGGCACGUCAAGAAGAGAUACACCGAGUACUGGCGGGUGAAGCUGUCGAUCAACAAUUUCAACAGGUUCAAGAACUUCACUGACUGGAACCUCGUCUUCCAGCACCCGAGUCUACAGGAGUUGACCCAAGUUUUGAGCUUCGCCUACGAGCCGCUUGUGCAGCGCGGCACGAUCAACGACACAGGCCUCUUCUGGGGGCUCCCAAGCUUCAACCAGAUGUUGCCCCAGGACGGUACUGUGCAGACAGAGGUCCUGCUGAGGAAGGGCAAGGAUUUCAGCUUUUCUGGUGGGUGGGCACUGCCUAGAAAGAUAUACUUCGACGGCAGCGAGUGCACGAUGCCGCCACCAGACGACUUUCCCCAGCUGCCCAGCAGCAGCCCUGUUCAGCGCUUCUCAGGAGGGCACAGGUGGUUGGCCUCAGGGGCCGUCUUAGUGCUUGGACUACUACUGACUUGA